GUGCGUUUUUAGAUUUGACUAUCAAAUAUGUCUAGAAAAAUUACUAGCAACAGUGAUGAAAAUGUAAGAAACUCUAUUCUUGAUAGAAGAACAAUAAGUUUAUUUAAGAAAAUAGAAGAGUUUUCAAUUCUAUGCAGUGUUGAUGUCGCCGUAAUCAUUUUUAGUCCAGAAAAAAAUCAGCCCGUUGUUUGGAAAUCUUCAAAUCUGACUAAAGAGGUAUUAAUAAGGUAUUUUAGUUUUUCUGAGUUUGAAAGGAUUAAAAAAUUGAUUAUACAUGAAAAGUAUCUUUCAAAGAAAGUGGAUAAGAAAAAAGAACAAGUUAACAAUAUAGAAAAAAUGAAUGAGGAGAAAGAAAUAAAAUUCCUGUUCAACCAACUCGUACAGGGAAAAUGUUUUACUGAUUUUGAUUCUAAAAACAUUAAGAGUUUGUUAAAAUUCAUUGCUACUACGAUGGAUAAAAUUAAUGAAAGAAAAGAACAAUUCAAUCUACAACAACAACCUUCUCACCCUCCAAAUUCUCCCUCUAAUUUCAAGCUUGGAGAAGAAAAUGUAACUCAAUCACCAAGUUCAAUUGAAGAUUUGAUCAAUGACAUGUGGUUUGUUGAGACCACCAUGGCUUCCAACCAAAACUUUAUUGGCUUAGGCGGUGAGAGCAGUUCCAAGUCUGCAUCGAUGACAGGUGAUGGCCUCAAUGCUAAAGAUGAUGGACGUUCCAAGGACCUGAAUUGA